AGUGUCGUUUUGGGAUACGAAAAUAUCGAAAAGAUGGAAUUGAAUUUAAGUAUUUUAAUUUUCGCCUUGGUCAUCUUCACUGCUGUGGGUGCAGAGAAAGCGCGAUUCGAUAACUAUCAUUACUAUACAAUAAGCAUUGAAAAUGAACUUCAAUUACGUGUCUUGAGGGAGCUGUCAGAAGUCAGCGAUUCUUACACUUUUGCUGAUCCUCCAACUUAUGUUGGAUCAAGUGCUGAUGUGAUUGUACCACCACAUCAAUUCGCUCACUUUUCAGAGCUUGUUGAAAAGUUCAACUUGCAGACAACUUUAAACAGUGACAACUUUCAAAAAUUAGUUGACAACGAAAGUCCAAAAAGGCAACGUAAAGCAGAUUUAGGUGAUAUGGAUUGGACAAGCUAUUACAGCACCGUUGAAAUUCAUGUUUGGCUUGACAAACUUCAGCAAACUUUCCCUCAAUAUAUCACUGUCGAAGAGAUUGGAAAGUCGUUUGAAGGGAGAUCAUUAAAGCUUGUUAAGUUGUCUAAAAAGCAGAACAAUCGAGCAAUCUUUAUCGAGGGAAACAUUCAUGCACGCGAAUGGAUUUCAGGUGCAACUUCCACUUAUGUCUUGAAUGAAUUGCUUUUCUCAUCCGAUCCCGAGAUUCAAGAUCUGGCAAAUAACGUUGAUUGGUACAUAAUUCCAAUAUCCAAUCCUGAUGGUUAUGAAUUUUCUCGCAACUCUAAUAGAAAUUGGCGCAAGACUCGUUCACCUGUUUCCACACUUUGCAAUGGUGUUGAUCCGAAUAGAAAUUUUGGCUUCAAUUGGUUGACAGCUGAUGAAUCGGGCAAUUUAGGAGCUUCUCGUUUACCAUGUUCUGAUACCUUUGCUGGUUCUCGACCAUUCUCAGAACCAGAAACUCAAGCGAUUGAAAAUUUCCUCAGUCAAAAUUAUGCAAAGUUCGACAUUUAUCUUUCAUUCCAUUCAUUCGCUCAUAUGAUGCUUUUCCCCUUCGGACAUACAAGCGUUCGUAUUCCCAAUUUUAAUGAUCAUCUUAACAUUGGACAAGCGGCAGCUGAUAGAUUAUUUGCAGUUGAUGGAGUUCGUUACACUGUUGGGCCAACUCGUGAAACAUUAUAUGCUGCUUCGGGAGUAAGCAGUGAUCAUGCUUAUGGUCAUCACCGCAUUCCUUUGUCUUACACUUAUGAAAUGAGAGGAAAUGGCGAUUACGGAAAUCAUGGCUUUGUUCUUCCCCCAGAGUUCAUCAUUCCAAACGGAAAAGAAGUUCUUGCUUCGUUGGUGGGGAUGGUGCAAAAAUCUCGACAAUUGGGCUACUUCAAAAAUCAAUAAAUUGUUUGUGAUUAACCAAGAUAAGAAAUAAACAAGUGGAGUGUGGCGAGAUUUUAUCUAA